AUGAUUAUUCAAAUGAUUUAUUUUAUAGGAUUAAGUAACUACAUUAACACUUUAAUUAGGAUGAGACGUGUGUCUAUGACGAUUACUGAUCACUUAAAUUAUAUUUUAAAUGUAAAUGGUGGAAUAAAUGAUGAAAGUAUAUCAGUUGAAGUAAUUGAAGAUGAAGAAAAUGAAUUAACUAAUCAUUUAGAAAUUGAAGUAUUUAAUAGCUCGCAAGAAAAUAUAGAAGUCGAUGUAGUGAAUAAAAAAAAAGAUGAAUCAGUUAAUCCUUUAAAAAUUGAAGUAAUUGAUAUUUUAGAAAAUAAAGAACAUGAAGAUUUAGAAACAGCAAUGAACUUCUGUCUAGAAUUUGAAUCAAUUUUUGAUGAAAAAUUUAUACCAAUUCAUUAUCAUGAAGCUAGAAUACUUUACUAUGGAACAUAUGAUUUGUUACUUUGUUAUAAAUCUAAUAUAAUUAGUUGUAACAAUACUGGAACUAUUUAUUGUCCAAUUGGUUUGAAUUACGAAGAAGCAAAAAUGAUUAACAAUUUACUCACUAAGGAAUUUAAAGAUAAUUUUUAUUCAUAUUUUAUUUCAAAUUAUAAAAACGAGAUCUUAAAUGAAAUUGAUAGAUUUGAAACAACAACAAAAUCAUUUGUAAAUGAAAAUUUUUUAUCAAAAAAUAUAAAUUCAAGUGAUAUAGUUGAGAAUGUAAAAUUAUUACUUGCUAAACAACUAAGUCAGAUUAUAAAUUUUUGUUUGAACUUAUCAUCUGAUGAUAGUAAAAUGGAUUAUGAUUGUAACAUUCAUGAUUUAUUAUGUGAUUAUUAUUAUAAUUUUACACGUUUAACUGCUAAUUCAUUUUUAAAAAAUCUAUUUAAUAAUAAAAAAACGGAAAAUUAUUAUGCUUUAAAAAAACGAUUUUAUGGUUUUAUGCUUAAAAAUUUUAGAAAUACGCCAUCAAGGAAAUUUUUAGAUCAAAUACCAGAAAUUGAUCAUUUUAAAAAUCUAAUUAAGACCAAUGUAAAAAGAUUUGCAAAUUCAGAUAUUCGAAAAUUUGAUUAUUUUCAAAUGAUAAUGACGAUUCUUUAUCCUGAUAAAACUGAAAAGGCUAAAAAAGAAAAUUUCGUAUUUAAUCCAUGGCAUCAUAUUUAUUUAAAAUUGAAUUUAUUUUUAGCUAGAAGAAUAUUUAAUGGAAACUACAACCAGUCUAAUAUUAUUAAUAAUUAG